GCUCCCCGGGGAAGAAGCCCGCACAGGGGAUGGAGCUGCCUGGGGAGGAAGAGCCGUCUCCGCAGCCGCCGGGAAACUCACGCCAUGGUCUGCGCCCCGCCCGAGAAGGACGUGAGCCGCCGCCGCCGCCGCACGCGCUCGGUCCGCCACACGGGAGAAGCCGCCGGGAGCCGAGAUCGCCUGCCUCGGUCGGGAUCCCGCGCAGCCGGAGCUGAGACCGCCUGCCUCCUGCGGGAGUCCGCGCAGCCGAGCAGGGUCGGAGAGGAAGCCGAAACACCGCAAGGAGCUCGGGCCGCCUGCUCUGGAUCCGCGCGCCGCCUUGGAUCCGUCGGGGAGUGGACGCGCGGAGCCACCAGCCGCUGGGGAGGGGAUGCGUCCGCGCCGGAGGAAGGAGGAGCAGUUGCCUGGGGGAUGGGAGAGGGUGCGCCGCCGGCUGGAUCUCGGAGCUCUGGAGGAAGAGAGAGGCGAGAAAUAGAAACGGCGUGGAUUAUUGAGCUAGGAUUUGAGACACGGAGCCCCGGGAAAAUGCCUUUUCGCACUUCGCCCCCUCAAACGCCUCCGCCUCCCGCAAUGCAGCCCCUCUCCGCCUCCGCCACCGCCACCCGCUUCGCCGCCCACUGGGUAGCCGACGCCCUCGCCGGAGACGAGACCCUCGAGUUCUCCGUCCUCAAGGCGCUCGUGGGCGCCUCGCCGGAGUCCCUCUCGGGCGCCCCGGAGGCCACGCGGAAGCGGGUCGCGAUCCGGUGCCUGGAGGAGGUGUCGGCCGUGAUAGCUGCUGGGGGCGAUGCCGCGGCGACGGAGAAGGUGCUUAGGGUUGAUGACGCCCGCUCAUGUGAGGAUUUGCUGCUUCAGCUUAUCGGAGAGGUUAGAAAUUCUGGAAACUUGGAGAAGGAUUUGCUUCCACCUUUCAGUCAAGACAUCCAGAAUAUUAUUCGCAUCAAGAAACCUACAUUACCGCAAACUUCCUUUGAGUUGCUAAGAGAAGUUGACCCGGACAUCAAGUCUAUGGCCCCAUCAUCCCAACUGGAGCAGAAUGGCACCACCCAACUUCACAAUGAUCAGUCCCCGUGCAGCAGCAAUGAUCAUGUAAAUAUAGAGAAGCCUAGACUCCCUACAGACAAUGGGGAGCUUCAGCAAGAGGCCCUGGUAAAUUUAGUGGAUGAAUCAGACUCAAGAAGUAUUGAAAAGGAUUCAGUCGCACCAACUUCUGUUCUUCACCAACCAUGCACAUCCGACAGCAAGUGUUGCUAUCCUCUGCAAGAAGAUGCUAUAGGUGCUGCUAGUUUGGGUCCCAGGUCUCAAGAGAGGAGUCCUAUUGUGGAGGGGAAAAUUUCUGUUGAAACCGUGCCUGCUUCGGCUAGCUGUGAUGCAGCUCUGCAGGGAAGCAUUACUGGACCAUUGUCCAAGCAUGUUAUGAAGUAUCAUACUACCAUGGUUCAAAGACAACCUAAUAGAGAAACAUCUCCAAGUCCACCACACUAUAUCGAUGGAGAGAGACCAUAUGAUGAUAGCACCAGCGAUCUGCCAUCGAAGGAUCCCAGGCAUGAAGAGUUAUCCGUGCAUACCACAGUAAAUCCAGAUAUUGACAGAAGCAGUGAUGCUUUACCAACAAAUGCAUCUAAACCUGAGUUUGUUACUACACAGGAUACAACCAUGAUUUCACAACCUCACAGCAGCGGAACUCAUCUGAGUACUCUGCAGAACUUAAGUGGUGAGAGAGUAAACCAACAUCUAGAUGAUGUCAGUGCAAGUAUUGAGCCAGUGGAAAAGGACCAUGUUUAUGAGGAGCUGACUCUGCAAGCUGCUAGUGCUUUACCUUCUAUAAGCUGCAAUGGUGAUAUUCAAGGAGGGAAAUCUGAAACCAAUCAUCAGUCAGGGAAUACUGCAGAGCAUACUAUGGUGUGUGAACAACAGAAUGUUGACAGGUCACAUCUAGAAAUCAGUAGUUCCAACAAGCUUAAUCAAGCACUACAUGAUGGCAGCAUCCAGGAAAAUAAUGUGGCUAAUGGUGGGCCUAAUGCACAGAUUGCUCCAAGGUCACAAACCUGCAAUGUAACCUUGCAUGAUAAAAUUUCGGAAGCUGAUUAUUUAUCUGAGGAGAAUACUGGAAAGAACAGAACUGAUGUUCUGAAAUGUGGUUGCAGUGCGUCUGUUCCAAGCUCUGCUCAGGAUGGAGACGGAAAAGGUGCAACGAAGAUAUUGAACAGGGAAAGUUUUGGGGAUACCUCUGUAGAAGUAUCUGUCCCUUGCUCAGAUUAUAGUUUACAUGGCACUGCUGCUGCUGGUCUUCUGGCAAUGACUGACAAAAUGCCUUUCUGUACCAAGGAUCAAGACAUUAAUGAUUCUCUUGGGGACUUGUCACAACUAGAUUUGUGCAUAAAAUGUGGCAAAGAUGGUCAGUUGCUGAAAUGCAGCAGCUGUUUGUUAACUGCUCAUGAUAGCUGUUUUGGUUCAUCAGCAACAUUUGAAGAUACUGGACUAUUCUACUGCCCAGUAUGCUUCUAUACAAAAGCCACUGAAGCAUAUAAAAAAGCAAAGAAAACAUAUUGUGAAGCUAGGAAAAGCCUAGCUGCUUUCCUUGGCACAACACAUUUGGUCAGGCAACAUGAUGAGCAACCAACUGGAGCUCUGCCAGGAGCUGCCAACAGACAGGGACAUUCAAAUGGGUGUGACUCACCAAAAAGGAAAAAUAUCGAUCAAAAUGAAGCAGAUAACCUUACUCAUCAGGAUGAAGAGCCUAAUCAAAAGAGGAAGAAGCAGAAAAUAAAUGCUACAAGUAAUUGUUAUCCUGAACAGGUAGUCACUGAGAAGGUUCCUUUUCCGAGUUUUGAUGUUGCACCCGUGAAUAAACAUACCAUUCUCAAGAAUAAUAGUAGCAAGAGAGUCCAGGGUGCAGAGAAAUGGCAACAGGUGGAAAACAAAGAAGCUCGCAAAGAAGCUGGCAAUGAUAAUUCCUCCCAUGAAACAAGAAGUUUGUCUCAGCAAAAAUGUGGUCCUGCAAAUGAGGAAGUUGAGGCUGACAGGGAGGAUGAUCUUGCAAAUUCUCACCAACCUGAUGAUACUGAUAAAUUAGAAGCCACAUCUUCAAAUGACUCUGGCAAUAGAUCAUCCCCCCCUUGGCAUAACAUGAGACACAGCAAAGCAAGAUUACAUGUGAAGGAGACAAUGGCAUCAAGUAGCUCUAGAAAAACUGCACAGAAGGAUCAGCACAUGCCUUCUUCAUCGAGACAAAGAAAUUAUGCUUAUCAACAGAAGCGUUAUUCCAAUCCUGUUGCACCAAGUGGAAGGCGCUCAAAGCUCUGUUGGACAGAAGAAGAAGAAGAAGCUCUGAAGGAAGCAAUGGCAAAAUUCACCCCACAGGAUGACACGCCAAUUCCAUGGGUUCACAUACUAGAAUACGGUAGGGAUGUGUUCCACAGGACGCGCCUCCCAUCUGAUUUGAGAGUCAAGUGGAGGAACAUGAAGAAGAGAACAGGCUAUUGAUUCUGGCAAUCUCACAUAUGCAGCCAUUGUAUCAUAUUAGGUCACUAACCCCUCUUUGUCUCUUUGAGCCCAUCCGUUGCCAUAGCUCGCAGUGUAGUAAAUACUGCAGGUGCUAACUCCUCGCUGUGAGCAGGAAUGGAGAGUUUCUACUGACAGCAAUGUUGAUGUUUGGUAAGAGUAGCAUAUGUAGCCUUAAUCAUACCUCAAAGUUCUCGGUUGUGCAGCAUUUUUGUCCCGUCUACCAAGCCAUACCUGUCCGAAAUUACCAGGUUAUUGUAAAAAGAAAGAAAUGUUUAUCCUUGACUGAAGAGCUCAAGGGGCACAGGGUUCUCUCUGCCUUCUGAGUAGAUUCCUUCUGCACUUGAUGUACAUUCAUUCUUUGGUCAUGAUUUAAUCCCUUGUGUUUAAAAAAAUA